CAAUGACAGAGCUGCACCAGGUGGUAGCUGCGGGAGAUUUUGACAAGGUGAAGGAGUUGGUGAAGAAUCCGAAGUGCAAUCCCAAUUUCAAAGACGUCGACUGGAGCUGCAAAACCCCUCUGCACUGGGCAGCUGCUAAUGGAGAUACAGAAAUCGUCAAGGUUCUGCUAGAGAACGGAGCCAAUCCGUGUCUGAAGACGGUGCACGGAUGGACCCCUGCCCACUAUGCUGCAGAGUCCGGUCAUCUGGCCGCGCUGCGGAUGCUGCACUCCUUCCAUGCACCAAUGGACAAAGAGGACUGCUGCGGAGACAAGCCCAUAAGAUUAGCCGAAAUAUACGGGAAAGAAGACUGUGUUCGGUUCCUCCAAAAGGCAGAGCUUGAGUACCAAGACUUCCGCGAGAGAAUGACUGAAGUAGGCAUUUUCAAUGACUCAGAUGAGGAGUGGUUACAGCAAAGCAAAGAAUACGAACGAGACAUUGCUUAUAGAACCAGGAGGAAAGCCAAGUCUAGACUCAGCUGUCGCUAA